AUGGUCUAUCGUGGCAAGCCAAGUGCAGGCUGCGAGAAUUGUCGUAAAGCCAAGAAGCGGUGUACUCUCGAACAGCCAUCAUGCGCACGAUGCGUCAAGCUGCGAAAGGACUGUUCUGGUUACCGAGAUACAAGAGCGCUCCAGAUCCAGGACGAGAGCGAAGCAGUACGAAGGAGAGCAACUAAGCCAAAGGCACGACAACCAGCAGCAAUACCUACGCCACAACCACUGGCCUUUGACGAUGGAAUGCUUGCUAGCAUCCCGACACCAGCACUGACAACGUCGGACUCCUCUUCUGGAGACGACGAUAUUUUUGAGCUGCCGCCACAUAACUUUGACCUCGACCUGGACCUUUUAGAUCCAGCACUUUUCGAUCCACAAGACCUGGAGAGUCUUGCUCUGGUGACAGCCUCACCACGAAUACCAUUCGCCAUCAGACCCACAGCCGACGAUGUAGCGACGACACACUUCUUCACCACUUUCACCGCGCAAGGUCAUUGGGACUUUCUCAAACUCUUUCAAGCGAAAUCAAAACUUGAUCCAUGUCUGAACCUCGCAAUUCGUGCCUGCGGCAUGGCUGCUCUGACAAAUGUCGAACAUAUCAGUAUAGGACCAGAGUAUGCCCGCGGGAUGUAUGUCGAAGCUCUCGGCCUUCUCAAUUCUGCUCUACGCGACCCAAAACGCUCGAAAUCAGAUGAAUCGCUUCUUGCAGUAGCUAUGUUAGGCUAUUACGAGAACCUCGUGUGCGAUUCGAAGGAGAGCAUACAAAGUUGGAAAGCUCACAUCGCCGGCGCCACUUCGCUGCUAAGGUUACGAGGACCAGAACAAUUCAACACUCUUGUUGGUCGCAUCCUCUUCCGAGAAACGAGAGCGCAAAUUCUCAUCACUUGUAUCUGGGAUGAUCUGGAGCCGCCUGCCUUCAUGUGGGAUUGGCAGCCGCAACUCGAAGCACUGAGUCCGGAAAAGUAUUUCUCUGGGCCCGCCGAUUCCCUGACAGAAAUCUGCUUCGACUUCGCUAGAGUUCGUGCCAGGAUCGAGCGGAAAACUAUGACCGAUUCUGAAGCACUCGCAGCGUGUAACGAGAUUGACCGACGGAUGAUGCAGUGGAGUGAAGAUACCCUAGCCGCGGGUGGAGUAUGGGCAUGGAAGGCCAUUGAAGUGCCAGAUAGUCCGAACAUUUGGAACGGGAUCGUGCAUGAGUUCCAAGGUCCGCCAGCUCCACAGGUCUGGAACACAUUCAGGAGUAUCCGCAUCCUCGUUACACGAUCUCAAGAAUGGCUUUGCAAACGAUUUGAAUUUACGCCUGCAGAGCGAGCAGAACAGACAAUCUACUUUCGGAAGGUACGACGCCAGAUGACAGACGAGAUCUGUGCUGGUGUGCCACAUCAACUCGGCCAUACGAAAGCAGAGCAGAUGCCUUCGUCCGCACUUAUGUCCGCAUACGCAGCCAUCUGGCCCAUCUUCUUUGCCGGCACUUGCGCACUGGAGAGGCUCGGACACACGCAGUGGGAAUCUUUCAAUCAGUCGCCAGAAGAAGUGAUCAAGCAGUCUCCACAAUCGGCUGCUGCUGCACAAGCAGCAUGGCUACUGAGUCGGCUAGACUACAUCUCCAACUCCGUCGGUCUACGCUGGGCAUCGGGUAUCGCGUCAGCAUUACGUGGCGACUUCACGCUUCACUCGGAUCUGACACCCGACGAUAUCGAAGCUCCGGGCUGGAUGAGACGGAGAAGAUUAGCGGAGCUUGAGCAGGCGAAGCAGGAUAUCAAUCUUCUAUCCUCUCUGGACGCUCAAGGUGGGAAGUUGCCGGAUCAGGAGACCAUAGACCGAUUGUCCAAGCUCGACCGUAUGGAUCAUGCUGGGCUGUUGUUUGAGACCAAAAUGACGGAUAGGAUCAAACCUGCUGGUACUGGUGGCAUGUGGACUACACAACCACAUUCUGGACAUGAAGGGGAUCUCGAGAUGCUUGUUUAG